AUGGCCGACAACUGCUGUUCCCCCUGCUGCCAGCCAUCUUGCUGUGUGCCCGUGUGCUGCGAACCCGUGUGCUGCAAGCCCGUGUGCUGCAAGCCCGUGUGCUGCGAACCCGUGUGCUGCAAGCCCGUGUGCUGCAAGCCCAUGUGCUGUGAGUCCGUGUGCUGCAAGCCCAUGUGCUGCGAGCCCAUGUGCUGCAAGCCCGUGUGCUGCAAGUCUGUGUGCUGCAAGCCUGUGUGCUGCAAGUCUGUGUGCUGCAAGCCUGUGUGCUGCAAGCCUGUGUGCUGCAAGCCCGUGUGCUGUGAGUCCGUGUGCUGCAAGCCCGUGUGCUGCAAGUCUGUGUGCUGCAAGCCCGUGUGCUGCAAGCCCAUGUGCUGUGAGUCCGUGUGCUGCAAGCCCGUGUGCUGCAAGCCCAUGUGCUGCGAGUCCAUGUGCUGCAAGCCCGUGUGCUGCAAGCCCGUGUGCUGCGAGUCCGUGUGCUGCAAGCCCGUGUGCUGUGAGUCCAUGUGCUGUAAGCCCGUGUGCUGCGAGUCCGUGUGCUGCAAGCCCAUGUGCUGCGAGCCCAUGUGCUGCAAGCCCGUGUGCUGCAAGUCUGUGUGCUGUGAGUCCGUGUGCUGCAAGCCCGUGUGCUGCAAGUCUGUGUGCUGCAAGCCCGUGUGCUGCAAGCCCAUGUGCUGUGAGUCCGUGUGCUGCAAGCCCGUGUGCUGCAAGUCUGUGUGCUGCAAGCCCGUGUGCUGCAAGCCCAUGUGCUGUGAGUCCGUGUGCUGCAAGCCCGUGUGCUGCAAGCCCAUGUGCUGCGAGUCCAUGUGCUGCAAGCCCGUGUGCUGCAAGCCCGUGUGCUGCGAGUCCGUGUGCUGCGAGCCCAUGUGCUGCGAGUCCGUGUGCUGCAAGCCCGUGUGCUGCAAGUCCGUGUGCUGCAAGCCCGUGUGCUGCAAGCCCGUGUGCUGUGAGUCCAUGUGCUGUAAGCCCGUGUGCUGCGAGUCCGUGUGCUGCAAGCCCAUGUGCUGCGAGUCCGUGUGCUGUAAGCCCGUGUGCUGCAAGUCCGUGUGCUGCGAGCCCAUGUGCUGCGAGUCCGUGUGCUGCAAGUCCGUGUGCUGCAAGCCCGUGUGCUGCACACCCGUCUGCUGCAAACCCACUUGCUGCUCCACCUCGUGCUGCCGCCCAGCCUCCCGCGUGGCUCUGCUCUGCCGCCCGGCCUGCGGUGCGUCCUGCGGGACCGGCUGCGGCUCGGCCUCUUGCUGCGGAGACGGCCCCUGCCAGGCCUCCUCCUGCCAGCCGGCCUGCGGCCGGGACGGUUGCUGCGGCUCAGUCUGCUGCGGGUCCGGCCCCUGCCAGUCCUCCCGCUGCACAACCCUCUCCUGCCGGCCCGUCGCGUGCGUGCCCGUCUGCUCCGUGAUGCAGCACAACCUCCAGAGGAGUAUAAGAGCACCGGAGCGAGAGAAGUCGACAUCUCAGUCAGUCAGUAACCCACCUGAAACUCCAACCGCCGACACCAUGGCCGACAACUGCUGCUCCGCCUGCUGCCGGCCGUCUUGCUGUGUGCCCGUGUGCUGCAAGCCCGUGUGCUGCAAGCCCGUGUGCUGCAAACCCGUGUGCUGCAAGCCCGUGUGCUGCAAGCCCGUGUGCUGCAAGCCCGUGUGCUGCGAGCCCGUGUGCUGCGUGCCCGUCUGUUGCGAACCCACGUGCUGCCCCACCCCGUGCUGCCGCCCAGCCUCCCGCGUGGCUCUGCUCUGCCGCCCGGCCUGCGGUGCGUCCUGCGGGGCCGGCUGCGGCUCGGCCUCUUGCUGCGGAGACUGUCCCUGCCAGGCCUCCUGCUGCCAGCCGGCCUGUGGCCGGGACAGUUGCUGCGGCUCGGUUUGUUGCGGGUGCGGCCCCCGCCAGUCCUCCUGCUGCAGCCCGGCCCGCUGCACAGCCCUCUCCUGCCGGCCCAUAGUGUGCGUGCCCACGUGCUGUAAGCCGGUGUUCCCUCCGACCGGCAUGUCGACGCGGAGUUCACACAAGAUGGGGACCGAGGUGCUCAUCGCGACGCGCCUGGUCCACGAUCCUCACCAACGGGCCAUCCAUCCAGACCACAUCUGCCUCAGCUACCGAAUGGGCUAUUUUGGUUCCCAACCAGGGAUCUCCUUGACCUUCUUGGAGGGAAGCCUUCAGGCUCCGGUCAAGUAA